GACACAUUUAAUGUGUUAUGCCUUCUUCGGUGGCAUUCUUUUGUGUGCCCGUUUCGCUAAUGUUGUUGUAGCUUCCUUGUUUUGAUUGUAUUUGGUUUUGCGCCAGUCAGUGACGAGGUGGUUGGCCCUGUUAACACCAAUACCAACAAGCGACCAGGGCUUUGUCGCACGCACACGUUCGCAUGUUGUACAUAGCGAUGCCGAAGCGAUGCGAAGUGCUGUGCACGGAAAGUCCUGCAAUGCCAAAAAGCAAAGGCUAAAGCCAGAACAUUUCACGAAAGCAGUAUCAGUUGUUUGACAUUGUUCCUGGCAAAAGGUUGUCCUGACGGCUGACAUCGCGAAAACUCCAGUUGUACACCAAAACUCACACACAUCUAGUUUUGGUAUACCCACAAAAUGUGAAAAUAUUUUUAUGCAAAAGUUAUCUAAUCGAAUAAUCCAAAGCAUUGAAAUUUUAAAGUUUAACACGAAGAGUGCAAAUAUGGAUGGCAAAUUGUGAGUGGUUAGAUGUGUUUUUGAAAAGUUGCAAAAAUAAAAAUAUUUCAAAUAUAUACAAUAUGCACUGUCAUAUAUAUAUGUAUGCCCAAGCGAUCUUAUAUAAAAUUUACAAUAUGAAGUGAAGCAAAUAUUCCGAAAACCCUUUUGAAAAAAACUUAAAUAGUUUGUAUUAAAAAAAAUAUACGUACAUAUAUAUAUAUAUAUAUAUAUAUGAACUAUUACAAAAAUAGAAUUUAAAAGUGCGAUACAAAAAUUUAGUGUGUGCUCUUGCACGUAUCUAUAUGUUAACUUAAUUUUAUAUUUACGCCCAUAAAUCUGGAAUACAUGUAUUUGAAAAUCUGUAAAAUCUAAAAAGUAAAAAGCUCAAAGUGAAGUGAGUGGAUGUUAUUAUUCAAAUAUUACUCACUUAAAUAAAAUAUUUAAUAUUAUAAAAAUUAUUAAAUAAAAAAUAAUCCGCAAAUAUAUAAAAUGGCACAAUUCGUAACGCACAUACAACCGACGUUGCUGGAGGCCUCGCAGGGCCAUGUACCGCAUCACCAUGGCCAUCAGGUUGGCAUGCAGCACACAUCUCAUCUGCCUCACAGCGGCCACAAUAUGCCGUCGCCACCAACAUCGCACAACCAUCACCAGCACUCGCAUCAUCAGCAGCAUCAGGAACAACAACAUCACAACCACCACCACAGCCCACCGUCGCAACUGUCGUCGCCGCCAAGUGGCGCACCAACACACCAUUAUCACGUGGGCAAACAUGGAGCCAAACAUGAGCACUUCGGACAUCACAGCUCUGGCGAUGGAAACACGUCAUUUCUACGAGCUGCCAGAGCUGGAAAUUUAGAACGAGUUUUGGAACAUUUAAAAAACAAUAUUGAUAUUAACACCAGCAACGCUAAUGGCUUGAAUGCACUGCAUUUGGCUUCGAAGGACGGACAUACGCAUGUUGUCUCCGAGCUGUUGAAACGUGGCGCCAUUGUUGACAGUGCAACGAAGAAGGGCAACACAGCUUUACACAUUGCCUCACUGGCCGGACAGGAAGAGGUGGUGAAACUCCUGCUGGAGCACAAUGCCGCCGUGAAUGUACAAUCGCAGAACGGCUUCACGCCACUCUACAUGGCAGCGCAAGAGAAUCACGAUUCCGUUGUGAAGCUACUACUGGCCAACGGCGCCAAUCAAAGCUUGGCCACCGAGGAUGGGUUCACACCGUUGGCAGUAGCCAUGCAGCAAGGACAUGAUAAAGUCGUCGCGGUGCUCUUGGAGAGCGAUACACGCGGCAAGGUGCGCUUGCCUGCACUGCACAUUGCUGCCAAGAAAGACGACGUGAAGGCCGCCACACUACUUCUCGAUAAUGACCACAAUCCUGAUGUGACUUCCAAAUCUGGCUUUACACCACUGCACAUUGCUUCCCACUAUGGCAAUCAAGCCAUCGCCACCUUACUCAUUCAGAAGGGUGCCGACGUUAAUUUCGCCGCCAAGCACAAUAUCAGUCCGUUGCAUGUUGCCGCCAAAUGGGGUAAAACCAACAUGGUUUCCUUACUGCUGGAGAAGGGUGCUAACAUAGAGGCCAAAACACGCGAUGGCCUAACCCCGUUACAUUGUGCGGCUCGUUCCGGGCACGAGCAAGUUGUCGACAUGCUGUUGGAGCGCGGUGCCCCGAUUAGCGCUAAAACAAAGAACGGUCUUGCACCGCUGCAUAUGGCCGCACAGGGUGAGCACGUAGAUGCCGCACGCAUUCUGCUUUACCAUCGUGCACCCGUCGACGAGGUCACCGUGGACUACUUGACGGCGCUGCAUGUGGCAGCGCAUUGUGGACAUGUGCGUGUCGCUAAGCUAUUGCUCGAUCGCAAUGCCGACGCCAAUGCACGUGCACUCAAUGGUUUCACGCCGCUGCACAUUGCUUGCAAGAAGAAUCGUAUAAAGGUGGUGGAGUUGCUGCUGCGUCACGGCGCCAGCAUUAGUGCCACUACGGAAAGCGGGUUGACGCCGCUGCACGUAGCCGCUUUCAUGGGCUGCAUGAACAUCGUCAUCUACUUGCUGCAACAUGACGCCAGUCCAGACGUGCCGACCGUGCGCGGAGAGACCCCACUCCAUUUGGCCGCACGAGCAAAUCAGACUGAUAUUAUUCGCAUUUUGUUGCGCAAUGGCGCUCAAGUGGAUGCACGUGCACGUGAACAGCAAACGCCGUUGCACAUCGCCUCGCGUCUCGGCAACGUGGACAUUGUCAUGCUACUGCUGCAGCAUGGCGCUCAAGUGGAUGCCACCACCAAGGAUAUGUACACGGCAUUGCAUAUUGCGGCCAAGGAGGGUCAGGAUGAGGUUGCUGCCGUUCUAAUCGAGAAUGGUGCAGCUUUGGAUGCUGCUACGAAGAAGGGCUUCACACCAUUGCAUUUGACCGCCAAAUAUGGUCACAUCAAGGUUGCCCAAUUGUUGUUGCAAAAGGAGGCGGAUGUGGACGCACAGGGAAAGAAUGGCGUCACGCCAUUGCAUGUGGCCUGUCACUACGACAACCAGAAGGUCGCUUUAUUGUUGCUGGAGAAGGGCGCUAGCCCACAUGCUACAGCCAAAAAUGGACACACACCGUUACAUAUUGCGGCACGUAAAAAUCAAAUGGACAUUGCCACAACGCUCUUGGAGUACGGCGCCCAGGCGAAUGCCGAGAGCAAAGCUGGUUUCACCCCCUUACAUUUGAGCUGUCAAGAGGGUCAUGCUGAGAUAUCGAAUUUGCUAAUCGAGCACAAGGCCGGUGUAAAUCAUCCGGCUAAGAACGGCUUAACUCCAAUGCAUUUGUGUGCUCAAGAAGACAACGUGAAUGUUGCCGAAAUCUUGCAACGCAAUGGCGCCAACAUCGACAUGGCCACCAAGGCCGGCUAUACACCGCUGCAUGUGGCCGCUCAUUUCGGUCAGGCGAAUAUGGUCCGCUUUUUGUUGCAUCAUGGCGCUAAUGUAGACGCGGCCACAUCCAUCGGUUAUACGCCACUACAUCAAACUGCUCAGCAAGGACAUUGCCACAUCGUAAAUCUACUGCUGGAGCAUAAGGCCAACGCCAACGCUCAGACGGUCAAUGGACAGACUCCGUUGCAUAUUGCACGCAAAUUGGGUUACAUAAGCGUUUUGGACUCGUUAAAGUCGAUUACGAAUGAGCCGGAUGCCGCAGCACAAACUCAAACCGAUGAGAAGUAUCGCGUUGUUGCACCGGAGGCAAUGCACGAGUCAUUCAUGUCCGAUUCGGAAGAAGAAGGCGGUGACACAAACGAUUGGGAUCCUUGUUACGGCAUUAAGGGUGAUCAAAAUACGAAUGAAGACCACGUUUACCUUCCGUAUUACCAGGGCGAAGCGUUCUUUAUGUCUAGCGAAGAUAAUAUGUUAUCCGAUCAGCCUUACCGUUAUUUGACAGUUGAUGAAAUGAAAUCCUUAGGCGAUGACUCCUUGCCAAUCGAUGUGACACGUGAUGAACGCAUCGACUCCAAUCGCAUGAUGACCCACAGCGCUGAGUAUGCUGGUGGGGUCGGAGCUCCGUCGCAACAGCAGGCCAUCGCAGAGGAGCUUAUAAGUCCACACAAAGCUCAAGUGCAUGGUGUUGGGAAAUCAUUUGUGGACGGUAUUUAUAUGGGCAACGGCUUAAAUGACGAACAAAAGCAUAUGGGCCGAAAGCUUUCGUGGAAAAGUUUCCUUGUAUCGUUUCUGGUGGAUGCACGUGGAGGCGCCAUGCGUGGCUGCCGUCACAGUGGCGUGCGCAUGAUUAUACCCUCGCGCUCCACUUGCCAGCCGACGCGUGUGACUUGCCGUUAUGUGAAACCCCAACGCACCAUGCAUCCUCCGCAGCUAAUGGAGGGCGAAGCUUUGGCCAGCCGUGUGUUGGAGUUGGGUCCUGUGUCCACCAAGUUUAUUGGUCCCGUAAUCAUGGAAGUACCACAUUUCGCAUCGCUCCGCGGCAAAGAACGUGAAAUCAUCAUAUUGCGUUCAGAUAAUGGCGAAACCUGGCGAGAACACACAAUCGACAAUUCCGAAGAGAUCAUGCACGAUGUGCUCCAACAAUGUUUUGAGCCCGAAGGUAAACAUCGGCAAACUUAUGAAGGCAAACGUAUUCAAUUGUUGUUAAUUUGUUUGUUAUUUCUAGAAAUAGCACAACUUGAGGAGCAAGGUGGCAAUCAUGUAUGCCGAUUUGUUACCUAUGACUUCCCACAAUACUUUGCUGUGGUUUCACGCAUACGCCAAGAGGUGCAUGCCAUCGGACCCGAGGGCGGCAUGGUGUCCAGCACAGUGGUGCCACAAGUGCAGGCCGUUUUCCCGCAGGGUGCACUCACCAAAAAGAUCAAAGUGGGCUUGCAGGCACAACCAGUCGAUCCAGAUCUAACUGCUAAACUACUUGGCCGCGGUGUGGCGGUCUCGCCGAUUGUAACGGUCGAGCCAAGACGUCGCAAAUUCCAUAAGGCCAUCACAUUGAGUAUGCCCGCACCCAAGGCGCAUAGCCAGGGCAUGAUAAAUCAAUAUUCCGGCAAUACACCCACGCUACGCCUACUCUGCUCCAUAACAGGUGUGUUUCGGAAAAGAUCUCUAAAAGGUGGACCCUCUCGCGCGCAAUGGGAAGACGUUACGGGAUCCACGCCGUUGACCUUCGUGAAUGAUUGCGUGUCGUUUACGACCACUGUUUCAGCACGAUUUUGGUUAAUGGACUGCAGGAACAUCUCCGAGGCUACCAAAAUGGCGACCGAGCUAUACAAGGAGGUAAUACAUGUGCCGUUCAUGGCCAAGUUUGUAGUCUUCGCAAAGAAAGUGGAACCGUACGAGGCACGUUUACGUGUGUUCUGCAUGACCGAUGAUCGUGAGGAUAAGACUCUCGAAAAGCAGGAACUCUUUACAGAAGUUGCCAAGAGUCGCGACGUUGAGGUGCUGGAAGGCAAGCCACAAUACAUUGAAAUGGCGGGUAAUUUGGUGCCAGUAACAAAAUCUGGCGAUCAAUUGCAAUUGCAAUUCAAAGGGUUCCGUGAGAAUCGUCUACCAUUCACUGUACGAGUGAAGGAUCAACACGCUGACAUUGUUGGACGUACAUUAUUCAUGAAGGAGCCAAAAGUUGCCAAGGGCGAGCCACCGCAACAUCCUAUCUGUAUUUUGAAUAUCGUAUUACCGGAUAUUGUUAUACCGGACACAACUACCGAAUUCAGUGAUAAGAUCACCACCACCUACCGAAGCUCCCUAUUUAGUUUGAGUAAACACCAGAAUGAUCACUAUAUCGGCGAUAUACGUAUUGUGGAUUUGUCCAAUUUAUUAGGCAAGGAUUGGAUACAAUUAGCCUCUGAAAUCGGUAUAAGUACGGAAGAAAUUGAUGACAUCAUAAAUCAAAAUACUGAUAGUAUUGCGCGGCAGGCCCAAAGCAUGAUUCGUCUAUUCAAAGAUAAACCAAAUUAUGAUAUUCACGCUUUAGAAGCUGCACUCAAAAAUAUCGGACGCGAAGAUAUUAUGAAGAAGUGUAAGAGUGGUCGACUUUCGCAUUCGCGUGACUUUGAUGAAACUGAUAUUAUGAAGAAUUCGGAAUCGGUGGAGGAGCUCGUGCGACAAGAGAGUAAACGGAUUCAACAGAUUCACGAUCAUGAGGAAGUUAAAUAUUCGGCCGAAGAGAAAGAAGUGGAAGAGUCUGAAUCAGAUGAGGAAAUCACGAAGCGUACUGUUGCUGAACGACGUGACAAGAUUGUGAAACGACUCUCCAUUGAACGCCAAAUUCCUGCUUCAUCGCAAAAGAAAGAGAUAUCACGUGAAAUUUCCGAAAUAAAACGUAAGAGCCUUAUCGAGGAUAAAAAGGCUAUACAUGAAUCGGAAAUCAUGAUGCAAUUACCAACAGAUAACAUAGUGAAGUCAACCGUUGCACCCGAUCAAGUUAUGAAAAUGAAAAUGGGAAAAAUGGAUUCCGCUGAGAUAAGUAAAAGUGAUUUUGACAAGGAAUUGACGCACAAAUUAAAGACAUCCGGACGCAGUUCCGAAGAGGAAGACUUAACAACAGAAUACAAACACAUUGAUGAAGAUGAAAAUUUGAAAAUAGUACAAGACAUUAGUGCCGUUGAAAAGUCAAAGAAGCUUCAGGAGUCUCCGAUAGAUUCACUACAUGACACAACCAAGCAACUAACCGAAGACUUUUUAAAUGCUGAGAAGCAGACUCAACUUCCAGUUGAUAUAACCAUCAGUGAGAAGUUUGUUGAGGAGGUAAAGGAAAAAGAAAUGAAAACUACCGAAUUGGUUGAGAAAUCGAGUCAAAAGAUCGAACAAAUUAUAUCUGUAUUUGAGAGUGGCAAAAAUGACGAGAAAGAUACCAUUGUUAGUAAAACUACCACUAUAACGGAAACCAUCCACGCUGUUACGGAAGGUAAAGUAAAGGGCAGCUCUAUUGAGGACAAAAUUGCCGACUUCGAAGCAAAAGGGGUUACCUAUGAUAUGAAAUCAGUGCUACCAAAAGAUUUAAAGAAACAUGAGGAUAUAGAAGAAGACGAGCUCUAUGAAGAACAUCAGGAACCCAUCAAGUCAUUUGAAAAAACAAUUACAGAAGACUUUUUAGCGAUAGAACAAAAAGCUCAAAUAUCACCAGCCAUUAAAUCUAUCCAGGAAAUGACUGCUGCUACUCAACAAGAAAAGGAUAGUGCAGUGAUAAAAACCGCUCACGUAGCUCCAGUUGCCGAAAAGAGAGCAUCACUUUCUGAGAAAGCGCCUCAGGCAAUGACACGUUCAUCUAAUGAAAUAGAAUCAUCAAAGUCUAUUAUAACAGAGCACAAAGAAGAGCAGAACAUUCCUAAAGCUACGGAAAUUAUAAAAGAAUUCGAGAAACAUAUGAAUAAAAAUAUCGAAAUUGCUACAACUGAGGUCUCACAUAAGGAACGGAGUCCCCAAAUGGAAAUAAAGAAAACAAUAACAACUAAAUUGAUAACCAGUACGGCGGAAGUGCUUGAAACAACGGCUGAUGAUUUCGAGAUUGCAACUGAUUUAGAAUUGCCAAUGAAAGACGCAGAAAAAAAUAAAGCUCAAUUGAAAGAAGUCACAGAAGAAUGGGAUGGAAUAACACAAACCGAUAUUGCAAAACCCGCAGGCGAUCUCACAGAAGCAAUAGAGAAUAUAGAAGAUAAAUUGGCAACUGAUCUGACAACUAUAACCAAAGUUAACUUACUGGAAUCGGACGGUGUUAUGAAGACAGAAGUGAUUGAGACCACGAAAUUUUUGAAAAAAACUGAAGAGAAGGUGAUAAAGGAGAGUAAAGUCGACGAUUUGAUGGAAUUCGCUCAACAACAAGAAAGUGUGAAGGAAAAACCAACAGAAAUCUUGAAAGAAUCUGAGAAGCUAAGCGAGAAAGAAAUAGAAUCAAAAAUGGAAAAAACCACAACAAUGUUAAAUGAAUUUGAAAAUGAAAAAAAAUCAAAAAUGCAAUCUGCGGUUGGUAAUAUUCCAGAUGACAAAGAAAUUAAAUCAGAAAUAUUGGAAGCCGAUAACACCCUUAUAAAAGAAACAUCUACAAUUGGAUCCAAGGAAUUAAGUAGUGAUUCCUCAAGGGACAAAGAAGAAAUAAUAGAUACGAAGUUUGAUAGCAUCAAACAUGAGGUAUGUACUGUUCAGCCAACGUCCCUCUUGCAAUCUGCGGAAACCAAAAAAUUAACGCAAGAUUUCUUGACAAUGGAACAGAAAUUCUCCUAUUCCAAAGAAUCCCCAGCUGAUGAUGAAAAUUAUGGACUCUUGAAAUCGGCCACUCACACAGUCGUGCCAUCUAUUUUAAGUGCAACUGCCGUCCCUAUUACAUCGACUGACUGGAAUGUUAAGCACGAAGAAACAUUGGUAGACGUACAAGAAGCACCUCUACCAGAUACUGCCCCUAAGGAAGUAGAAUCACUAAUGGAGACACAAACUGUCGAAAUCAAAAGCGCCAUGGGUGACCUGAUCAAAACAACAAGCGUUAUUAUGGCGACUGUACCGACAGUUGCAGCAGCGGAGACCAUUAAAUCAAUGGAGGAAAGUCUUACAGAUACUAAAAGCGAUGAGAGGUCGUUGAAUCUUCCGACAACUUCGGAGCAACCUACGCAGGGUAUUCAACAAGAUGCAACUCUAAAAGAUUUUGAGCCAGAAAUCGUUAUUGAUGAGAAAACAACAACACUUACGAUGAGUUCAGCAGUAACGGAUACGGUCAAAGAAGAGAGUAUUAAACUAGUAGAAUCCAUUAAAAAGCUAGAGGAAACCAUAAAGGUAAUAGACAAGUCUCGAGAAGAUGGCAUCGAAUUAGCCGCUCCUAUAAAUGAGACAGACAAAGUGUCUGCUGUUGGUAUAAGGAAACUAACUGAAGAUUUCCUCACCAUAGAACAGACAACACAGUUUUCUACAAGCACUGAACCGAUCAAAGAAACAAUCGUAACCGACGAUUAUGGAAAAAUGACAACACUACCGGUCCAUGAAAAAGAACAAGCUGCUGCAGAUACUUUCAGCAGUCUACAAUCGGCUGGUUUAAGCGAGGAAAUUGCUAAGAUAGUAACUGAGGCAGCAACGAAAAUCGAUGCCAUUAAAAUGACGAACGAUUUCUUAGCCACAGAGCAGCGGACACAAUUACCAGUUGUGAAACCUUCAACCGAUCAGACCGCAGCUGAACCUGAAACACAAACUGCACAAAGAAUGACUGAUGAACUUGCUGCACCUGCGCCUGUGGAACCACGCAAAUCCAUAACACUGACAGACGCUGAGUUUUGUAAGUCAGUCGAGGAAACGAUCACGAAGAAGAUGAGUGCGGGACAAAUUGAAAUUAGUGACGAGCUCAAAACUAGCGCAGCGAGCGACAUACCUGAUUCUCAAACCCCACCACCAACUCCGAUCGAUACUAGAACUGAUAGACAAGAAGAAGAAUCCUUACCGCGUGUUAAAUUUACGGGAAAAGACCAUUUGCCUGACACUGUGGUCACUUUGCACAAGACCACAGAAUCGACAUUCGAACGUGUUUCGGGAAUUUCAAAAAUCGAAACCAUAGAAGAAAAGCUCGUUUUAGAUGAAGAUUCAUUCCGAAAUAUUGGCGACGACGUUAAAGAACGAAUCAUUUGCGCCGCAAUCGAAGAUAAUGACAAAGACAAGUUAAUAGAUUUUAAUGCAGACAUUGAAGAAAGAAAAGAUAGCGGUAUUUAUAAAUAUAGUGAUGUGGAUGACGUUUAUGAAAAAUACUCUGAUGAUGAUGAUGAUGACGAUGAUGAGGAUGAUGACGAUGAUGAAGAUCGUAGUAGAAAAGCUGGCGGUGAUGAGCUCAUCGAUUUCGACAUCAACACCAACAUACGCAAAGAGGCCACAGUGCUGAUUGAUAACGUGCUCGAAGAGAGCAUUAGCAUCAUUAGCACGCGUCAACAGCAGCAGCAUCAGCAGCAAGAAGCCAAUGGCUAUGAUUCACUUAAGCAGGAGUACAAUUCAGAAAGUGAAAACUAUGCCAUAACUUGUGAUGAUAUUGGUGGCUUGGAUGUCAUCAAAUCGCCAACCAUUGAGUCUAUGUCUGGUAAAUCGUUCGACGAUAACAUGAGCUUCACCGACGAGCAGUGGCUUGGCGCGCAGCAACAAACGCAAGUCCAAGUCGGCGCUUUGCCCGGUGUUGCAGCCACCACAAUUAAUACCACUACCACCACCACCACCACAACACAACAACAAAAACGGUCACAUGAUUUGAUUAGUCUCAAAGACAGCUUCAAGCCCAUGUCAGCAACAGAAACUAUAACUACAUUAACUACAACAACUACUACGCAAAUUGAUCCCUUAAACGAAGCUAGUACAUAUGAUGGUAGUGGUGAUGUCGAUGCUGCUGUUGAAGAAGCAAACUGCAAGGAGGCAAAAGGUACAGGUACUAGCGAUCCCAAAAAUGUUACAGAAGAUGCCAGUGUUGCAAAGUCUCGGCGCAUUGAGCACAAAUUCGAAAAGCUCACUUCACAUGUCGGCGAUAUCGACGCGCAGGCAUCUGCGUUCGAUGCAGAUUUCGAUGCGAUGGUGCAGGACGACGAGAUAAGUAAUUUGCAAAGUGAGUUUUCGAAAAUGAGUUGGGACGAUAGUGUGUCGCCCACGACGAACACUUUGGGCGAAAUCGGUCAAAAUACACCAGAUAACGAUAUACAAGAUAUAGCAACAGAGACAGGCUUUGAAUUCGCUAAAUCAUCCGAAACCACUCCGAUACCAACUAGUGCGCCGACUUCUGCCCCAACUGGACAUGAUGCCCCCACACCCAAGCCUCGCGCCGCCAAAUCCGCAUCACCCGUGAGAGAUAUUGGCGACGAAUUGACGCAAUACCAAAAAAGCGAUGAGGCACACAGCAUUACCGAUUCCUCUGAAAUCUUACCCGACCUGUCGAUAUCUGCUCCCGUGCCUAGGCCACGUUUACAAAUGAAACCGACCGAUUCGUUCAAGAAUUUAGCCGCUCUGGCAAAUGAACAAUCGGAUAGCAUUAGUCUGCGUAGCUUGGAUAUGACCGACGAUCUUUCGAAAACCGAUGAUGUUUCAACAGAAAUAUCUAUUAAAUCGUCACAUGCACGUGAUUAUCCCACAACUACCACCAUUACGACCGCCUCCGAGGAUCGCACAGAAUCACUGGAACCAACCAGUGAGAUAUCAGUAGAUGAUGCAGAAGCCGACACUGAAAAGUCUGAGCUCUCUGACGGCAGAUCAAAAACAAGUUUCUAUAUUGGUGAAUCAAGCCGUAACGUUAUAAUUAAGACAACACCCACAAAACCAGACGCCGAUAUAGUGUCCUCCGCCCCAACAACGGCAACAACCGAUCAAGCCUUGGAGGAAACAAUCGAAGCAAAGGAUGUCGCAUUGAUGAAGGAGAUUUCUGUUGAUUCGGAUGAAUCCAAUGACGUAUUUAAGGAAUUUGUGACAAUGAAGCGUGAAACGGAUGAAGUAGAAAGCAAAAUAGUUCGACAAGGUUCCGAAACAAGAAAUGACAUACUAGAACAAGAGCCAAUGAAGGAAAAACCCGAUGAUGCAACUGUUCUGAUCACAGCUGAAAUUUCUCAACCAACCGAAGAAAAGGGAGAAACUUCUUUAGAUGAGUAUGAAUGUUUCAAGUUCGGUGGCUCAAAGUCCGAUAAACUCGACUUGCAAUUAGAAAAGAGUGAAUGGGAAACAACAGAGAAAGAGAUCCCUAUAGCCAAACCCAAGGUAGUACACUCACCACAGCAAUUUACUGAAUUGCCAAAAUCUCUAAUUGAUGAAGAAAUGGUUGCCAGAACAUUGGAGGAAGCGCAGGAAUCAUUGAAUGCGGCAAACAAUGAGCUGAAGUUCAUAGUUAAGGAUGGUAAGUCAAUCAAAGAGUCACCAUCCGAAUUUGAAUUCCGUUCGAUUUCAAACACACUUAUUAGCGCUGAGAAAAAAGAAAAGGUUGUAACAGAAGAAAGCUCUGUGCAAAAGGAAGUUAAGGAGCCUAAAUUCAUGGAAGAAGAAGAUAUUUCUUCAUUCAUAGGAAUACCAGAUACUCUGAAAGAGACCCAACCUCCAUCGACAUUUGAACCAACAAAACUAACCGAAGCUACUUUUGAAGACACAACAAAAGAGACUCUGAAUAAAGAAGCAGUAUUUACACAUUAUGCUCAAGCUAACUUAGAUGAUGUUAAGGAAGAGCUUAAAGAUGAACACGGUUCACUAGGCUUUAUAUCAACUGGCACUGCAGAUGACUACAGCUCAAUGGAGGCAUUCGCAGCUAAAGAGGAACAUGCUUCCCUUGGUUUCGUUUCAACUGAAACUGUGGAGGAUUUUAGCUCAAUGGAAGAUUAUUAUCAAGAGAAAAUUGCCAAAGCAAGCAUUGUCACAGAAGAGCCAGAUCGGACCCCUAAAUCUCCAGCCGAAGAUACUAAGCCCGGCGCUACUGGAGUAUUUUCAGAAAUAUGUAACGAACAAACAAUGAAACCAUUCGAGGAAGUUACGCAUCGUAUCAAGUCUGAAACUGGAACUGUAGACGUCACGAAUAGAUGGUCGGUACCCGAAAUUGACCAAUCGAGCUCCAGUGAGAGUUAUUACAAGAGCUUUGAGAAAAACGACAGUCGUCCGUUGUCGUCCGAUGUCGAAAAUUUAGUGACACAAGGAAAUUCUUCGGAAUAUCAAACAGCAUUGGACGUGUCAUCAGUAACACGUGAAGCAACCGAAUAUAUAAGCGCAGUUAGCACACUUGAGAGUAGUAGCGGCAAAACGAUAAGUUCACAUGCAAGCAUGAAGAGUUUCGAUUCGCAAUCCGAAACAUCCGGUAAUUUAGGCAGUAUUGAUGUUUCGGAAUUAUCAGAAACAUUGGUAGCGUCCUCUACAGAACCGGAUGCUUUGGAAGCUGAAGAAUUAGCCCAUAUUCGUGACUUGCGUGACGAUGAUGAGGACAGUGAUGAAAGUCUUGACAUUCAAGAUUACAAUAAAACCGAACAACAAAUGCAAAGAUCGCUGAUGAAACGUUCACAAGAAAUGAUAUUUAAACCAAAAAUCGAGGAGACCAAACCAGAAGAAAAACAAUUCGAGAGCGUAAUGAUCGAAGAGUUUCCUAAACCCAAGGAAGUAGAGAAAACUUGGGGUUUAGCUUAUCCUAUGGAUGAAGCUAAAAUAGACGAAGGAAAAGAUACAGAUCGACCUGAAGAUAUUUUUCUCUAUCACAGCGACAUAAGACGCUCCAUUGACGACACUAAACUGGCUUCUAGCUUAGACGAAGGUAGCAUCCUUUCGGUUAGCAUGUCAAGUACAUCAAAUAUAGAAACUGUUGUAGAAAACUUUGAGGAUAUGAUUGGUUCAGCUGGUUCUUCCUCGUUAACUGGCAUUGAAGCCUUUGGGUUCCCACACGAUGAACAGGCAUCUUCAUUUUACGAGCAUGAAGACACAUUUACAAUGGAAAUGGACAGCAAGGAACACUCUCCACAAGAUUCUGCCGCUACAACACCACCCGGUGAAACUCGCAAACGCGGUCAUAAGCGGAGCGAGAGCACUUCGAUCACUGGUGAUGUUUUAAAAGCCAUUACGGAUAAGGAUCUACCAGUAGUGGGGGAAAAUAAAGAGUCUGAAAGCGAAUCGGACACAGACCCCUAUGAAUCUGAGUACACCAGACAGUUUCGGUCACCGAAUGAACGAAAGAACAAUAAAAAGAAAAAGCAAGCAGCUGCCGAAAUGGAUCAUAGUUUUGACCUCGAAAAACGUCCAUUUACUCCCUCACAACUUGUGGCUGAGGUUAUAGUUGAAGAUAGCGCUACCGAGGAGAUGGAGGCCGAAGCGAUUGAAGAAGAACGGCGACCUUCUCAAAAUAUGCAAGACUACUCAAAUAUACCAGAUAUAACAGUAACUGAGGACUUCCAAAAGUCACCAAGUUUAGAAGAAAAUGCUGAGGGUUUUGAAGAGAAGUCGUUAUACAAAGUGAAAACACAAGAGGAAUUGCACAAGGCUGCUGAUGAACCUCUGUACCAGCAGAAACGUGUGGAUAAAAGCGAAGAAACAUUUCAAAAAUUAGUACAAGAACAGUACAAGCAAAAGCUUGCGGAUCUCCAACGUCCACAAGUUGGAGAUAUCGACUACGAUGACUAUGACAAGGCACCAGAUUCCCCAGACUCUUUUGAAAUGAUUGAUCAACCAGAUAUUUCCGACGAUUUUGUGAUAAUCGAAGAAGUAGCUAAAGAAGCAGAUGAAGCUGAUUUGGGCGGAAAGAGCAUUAAAAUUCAACAAACAAAAUACGAAUCAAAACAUGAUGAAGAUGUUGAAAAAAUUAUCAUAAAAUCUGCUCCCGCUGAUCCCAAAUUAGGUUCUCAAAUAUUUCGAGAUGAUCUAAACUUCGAGUUUGAAGAAAGUCCGCCAACUGCGGGCAGUAGCAGCGACCCCCAGGAAGAAAGCGAUUCGGGAGACAUGGCUGCGUCUAACAAACGAUGGGUUGAAAUGCAACUUACGGACUCACAAUUGCGUUAUCCAUACGACAUUACCGGCGGCGUAUUAGAGGACAUCAAGGAAGAGGAUGGCGAGUUCGAAGUGGGCAGUAGUCGCAUAAGCAGUUUUAAAGACUCCUUUUCCAGUACACCUGAGUAUGAUGUUAUGGCAGCAAGACGAUAUUACGCACGUGGCGAACAUGAUGAUUUGUCUAUGAAUAGUUUGCAAGAAUUCGAAUCGCUUGAACAAGCCAUUUCGUUGGAGAAUCGCAAUAAAACCCAUCAGGGUUCAACGGACUCUAGUAACGGUAGUUUCACUCGACGCUACAUGGUCCGUCACAGUGGCAAUGCCACAGCACAAGGCGAUGAUAUAUCAAUUUCAAGCCUUAAAGAAUUUGAGGGUCUGGAGAAUGCGUGCAUAGAAGCACACUUGAUUGAGAUCAAAGCCAAAGAAGAGGCAGCCAUGCUUUCACGGUCGGACGACUCGAACAAGUCAAAUGAUAGUGAUCGAGAAAACGGUGCCAGCAAUGUUGUUGUAAGCAAAGUAACACGUACCGUAACACGCACCGAAGUGCUGCCGGCACAACAGCAAACUAUUGAAGCGCUUCUCAAACAGAAGUUGGAAGAAUGCGAAGGUCGAGAGGCAAUGAUAAAAUUUACGGAAAUGUCAACAGAGCCAUUGGAGACAAAAAUUAAACUGGAUAAACAGGACUCGGAGAAAGGCAGUGUAGACAGUUUGGAGAUCAACAAAAGUCUAGAUAUGCGUUCUAGCAGCAUUGGAAGUUUCGAAAUAUCAAAGGAUGCAACAACACGCUCGGAUAUCGACUCGUUGGAAACUGAUCGAAAACAACCUACACGUGAAGAGAGCAUCGAUUCGAUGGAAAAUGAACAGUUUGAUUUAUUGGCUAGAUUUCCAACGGGCGAAACGACACUCGGCGAAGGUCUGACAACGACUACAACAACCACCACUACGACUACAGAUGCGGAAGGACAUGAACACAUCGUGACACAGACCAUCACUACAACCACAAGCGCCAGCGGCAGUAUAAACUUAGAUUUCCCCUCGGGCCAGCUACACAAAGACGCAUCGGCCGACUCACUUUGCAUUGAACAAACCAAUACGAGUUCAGCAGGCACUACUGCUACUUAUCAGACCAGUGCUGGGAAUUCGCAAAUGUCAGGGAGUGUGACCAGUUGUGCAUCCAGCACACUCAUGGAGGACUCAUAUCCGGGUGUAAACUCCAGUCUGACAUCGUCUAGCUUCUGGUCACACGAGGAAUCAACGGUUGUGGAAGAUAAGAAUGUGUUUGAGGAAGUAUUGCUGGAAGAUGCUGAGGCUCUAAAACGUCGCCAAGCGCAGCAUCGACAAGAGUACGACGACCAGCACUAGACGAUAUGGAGGAUAGCGAAAAACGAUAAUGCAAUUAGAAAUAAACGACACGCAUAAAUAUACAUAAUUAAGGGAUUACAAGCUUUUUAUACAUACAUCCGUGGUUAGAUUUAAAUAAAUAAACGCAAACUAUUGCUUUAUUAAUGGUGAGCAGGCGAAGGAAAUGGCUUGGGGAUCUCGACACAUAUAUUACUGUUACAUUCCCUACAGAAAUACAAGCAUUGCAUUUUAGUAUUAUCGGCGCAUCGAAAUUUAAGUAAUAAACAUUAAUCUAUUAACUAAUUCCAAUCUACAUAGAACACAAGUUUAAACGAAACAUUUAUAAGCAUUACUAAAGGUUAUUAAUCCACACAUAUUAACACAACUUUGACAUUGUUAAACAUUGUUUUUAAGCGAUUCUUAAUGUACUUAUUAUAUUUAGUUUGCUAUAAAAAACAACAACAGCAACAACAUGAACCAAAUUACUCUUUAAGUGUACGUACAUAUUAUCUGUUAAAUGUAUGCAUCUAUUUUCGUUACUUGGCUUUUAACAAAGUAAAAACUAAAUGUGAAAUGUGAAAUAAAAUUUAAUGAAAAACUUAAAACAUGGUUAUGCGAACAUGUAUACUUGUUGCUAUUUUAACGGUAUGUAAUAUUUGGAAAAAUUAAAUUUUCUACGAUGCUUUUGAUUACGUAAACUGUACGCGGUAAGUUAUAUUAAUAUGGGAUGUUAGCAAGAAUGGAGAAAUUACUAACGAUGUAGAGUAUUUAAUAUUUUUUAAAACUUAUUUGAAUAUAUAAGUCUUUCAUAUGGAUGUAAUUUAGUUUAAGCUGCUUCAAUGGAAUACAUGCGUAUAAGUUUGCACAUGUAUGAUGCCUUAAUAAGAAAAACAAAAAUAAUAAAAAUUAUAAAAAAAUAGAAAUGCUUUUAAAGUGACUUUGUCUUUUUAAUUUUUUAAUCCAAAGGAGCAAAUAAAGCCUAAGCAUCUUAUUAAUUUAAAUUUAAUAUAUACAUUAAAAUAAAUUAAGUACAAUAUUGAUGAUACAUAUUUAUGUAACAAUGCACACACAUACAUUCAUACAAACAUACCAAAAUGCAUGUAUUACCAGUUAUUAUUAGUCAAACUUAUUGCAAAGUAAAUAUUAACAUAAAUGCAUUUCCUAUCGAUGCAUGAGAGGACACAGCAUAUUUGUAAUGCAACACACAUGCCUACGAUUAACCAAAUAAAUGCUUAAUCUAAUAAAACUUA